UUACCCCACUGAGUCUGACUGACCUUGCCAUUUGGUGGUGUGCAGAAGCUAAAACCACUAACCGUGACGAGAAGAGGCAAAGGAAGGAGCGGUCUGCUUACUUCUUGAUAAGCAAGUAGCUUUUCAAGAUAACAAGACUCCAGAAACCAAUAUUAUUUAAACAGAAAAAGACUGAGCUAAGUAGGUUUAAGGAGGAAGGCAGGGGUAGGGGGAGCCGCGGCCGUCGGAGGUGAGAGGCAGCCACACUGAGCUGAUUUUUCCUCCUGAGGAGGAGUUGCAGUUGCCGGCCAGGGCAGGUCCCGGUGCUGGCAGGGCUGGCCCUACUGCUUCUCCACCUCCAUUCCUUUUCCCCCUCUCACUCCUCCUCCAUCUAACUAUCAACCAAAGCUGCUGAGCAGUGAUGAAAUUGCAAGCACAGCUCCUAAGCACUAAAGGAAUGCUUAGAAAAUCUUGAAAAUUUAACUUUUCUGCCUCUAGUAAGAGGAAACUUCACUGCUGGAAAGACUCUCACCUUCUGUCUUCUCCGUUUCGUUGCACUCACUGGCUGAGUGCACGGAGAAAGAAAAGUUUUUUGUAAAUAUUUCUUUUCCUUUUUUUUUUUGAUAACCGGAACAGUGGCAACGUUUUCAGUAGCACGGUGCAAGGACCAGCUCCACUCACCCAAGAUGAGCCGCUGGCUGAAAUGCACCUCCAUGCACUUUAACACAGACUGGAACAAGUACGAUGAUCGGUUGAUGAAGGCUGUGGAACGUGGCGAGGCGGACAAAGUCGCUGCGGUUCUCGGCAAGAAGGGCAUCAUUCCCACCAAGCUCGACGUGGAGGGACGCUCUGCGUUUCAUUUGGCAGCCACUCGGGGACAGCUUGAAUGUCUCAAUCUCAUGCUGGGACACAAUGUUGACAUCACUGCAAAAGAUGCCUCUGGUAAAAACGCUCUUCAUCUGGCCUCUAAGUACGGGAAUUCUCAGUGUGUGCAGAAACUCCUGCAGCACAACUGUCCUGUUGGAAACGUGGACCUACAAGGACGAACUGCUCUGCAUGAUGCUGUCAUGGCGGGCUGCACCUCCAGCGUGAAACUUCUUUGUGAUAAAGGGGCUUCUGUGAACACUGCUGAUUUUGAUGGCAAGACUCCUCUGAUACUGGCCACACAGAUGUGUCAUCCGCAAAUAUGUGAGCUGCUGCUGGAUCGAGGGGCUGAUAUCACUGUCAGAGACAAACUGAACAAGACCGCUCUGAUUCUGGGCUGCGAGUUUGGCUGCAAAGACGCCGUGGAGGUGUUAUUGAGGACUGGAAUCGAUGUGAAAGCAGUCGACAACAUGGGUCAUGAUGCUUUUCACUACGCUCGUCUCAGCAACAACCAAGAGCUCGUCGCACUGGUCAAAAGCCACCUUGAUAAGGCCACCAGAGAAAAAGAGGCGGCAAAGAUCGAACAGUGGAGGCGGCAGCUUUCAGUGGAGAGAUCGGAGGCAGCCGAGUCCAUCAGGAAGGAUCAGAUCAUAUAUGAUCUGGAAAGGCAGAAUGAGGCCCUUCAGGACGGCCUAAGGAAGUACCACCAGGAGCAGAUAGUCCUGGUAGAUAAGGUCAACCUGCUGCAACAACAGCUCACACAGGAAAAGAUGGCUGUGGAAGACUCUCAAAAAGAGAAGGAGCAGCUGAAGGCGUUUCUCGGUGCCAAAGACAAAGAGGAAGGAGGCCGCAGUCCAGAGACUGUCAGAGUUCAGCUGCGGAGUGCUUUGGGGGAGUACUCAGGCCAGUCUGUUAUCAAAGGAAAAGAAAAAGUUUUAGUCAAGCAAGCUUACAGUCUGGAUCUUAAUCACAUGCCACAGAACCCGCCUGUUUCCAGACAAGUCCAGAGGAGCCAAACUGCAGGAGGCCGGGAUCUCCCUGAAGCUGAAGUCCUUCGACGUGAACUGGAGACGGUUAGAAGAAAACUGCAGUCCACAGAAGAGGAGAAGGCCCAGCUUCAGUCUGCACUGAGCCAGAAGAACAGAGAGUGCCAGGAACUGUCCCAGAACAGAGACACCAUCCAGAAACAGGCUGACCUGCAGGUUCAGGAGCUGGAGGACGCUUUGGGAGACGUCCAGAAGAGGAUGCUGGACUCUGAGUGUAAAGUCAAACAGCUGCAGGCUCAUGUUGUUGCUGUAAAAGAACACCUGGGGGCCCAGGCGGCCGAAGAUCUGCGAGCGCAGCUCCUGGACGUGAAGGCCAAAUACGAAGGCGCUUCAGCCGAAGUGGGGCGGGUUCGUAACCGCUUGAAGCAGAGCGAGAAAGCCUUAGAGGAAUACAAGAGCAGCGAGAGCCAGCUGGCCGCAGAGAGCGAGCGGCUGAGCCAGGAGCUGGGAGCUCUGAGCGCAGAACGAGACCAACUGGCUGAAGCUCUUUUAAAGAUGGAAACCCGCCUGAAGGAGGCUCAGAACAAGCAGGCAAACACCGUCCCAGCAGAGAAGUUUGACAACAUGAAGAACCUGCUGACCAAUGCAGUGGAUGAGAAGGAGCGGCAGCUGGCCGAGCUGAGGGAAGACUACGACCGCGUGCUGGAGGAGGUGGCAGAGCUCCACCGCAGGCUGGACAGCCCGUCAUCCCAGGGAGUGUCUCCAGAGGGGCAUCAGCGAGUAGUUUCUGGUCUGGAAGAACAGAACGUCGCUCUGAAAAGGAAGCUGAUGGACGUGACUGCAAAAAGUCAAACUCUUAUCGAAGAGGUGGAGGAGAGUGAAGAGGAGAGAGAUGUGCUAAGAGAGCAGCUGGACGAGCUCAACAGCAGGAUCGAGAAUGAGUUUAUACCCCUGAAGGAGCAUGAGGAGGUUCAGAACAACAUGGUGGUGGCUCUGGAAGAGCUGAAGGACAGACUUGUGGAAGCCAGCGAACGUUACGGGAAAGCUGAGGCUCAGCUGCAGCAGCUUCAAGCCGAAAAAGCCUCGUUACAGGAGACGAUGAGCGACAGGAACCAGAGGGAGCUGGACGCUCUGAUGGAGCAGAAUACCCAGCUGAAAAAGGACAUUGAACUACUGCAGAAGAGAUGCAAGGAUGGAGAAAAGGAACGAGAGGAGUUGACUCUACAGAAGCAGGCUCUGCAGCGCAGGGUGGAGGAGCAGUUUGUUCCCAGGCAGCAGCAUGAGAAGGUGAAGAUGGAGUUAGGUUCAACCUUAGAAAGUGUUAAAGCUGAGAAAUUGAAGUUGGAGGCAAAGGAGAAAGAAAGUGUCGAAGAGCUAAAGAAUGUGAAAGAUGGAAACGAGAAUCUGAAAAAGCAGCUGGAAAGAGUUUUGUUGGAGAUGAAGAAAGAGUGUAUUAGUCUGAAGGAGCACAGAGCUGUCACAGAUGAGCUGAAGGCCGCCACCGACGCGGCAGAAGAGCGAGCAAACCAGGCAUCGGUCCUGCAUGCUGCGGCUCAGGAGGAAGUACUGAAGCUCACUCAAGAGCUGGAAGCCCAGAAGAAAGAACUAGAUACCAUACAGGAAGUUAUUCAGUCCAAGUUUAUCCCACUGACUGCAGCCACGGAAAAGGAAACCACCUACAGCUCUCAGGUGAAGGAGCUGGAGCAGAAACUGAUGGAAAUGGAGGAGAAGUAUCACAAAGAGAGGUCGACCUGGGAAAGCAUGCAGCAGGAGAAAGAAAAACUUAAAGUAGAAACUGAAUCUGUUCAGCAGAGACUGAACUCUGCUCUGGUUAGCACUGAAAAGCAUAAACAAGUGGAGGAAGAGUUCAAGUCUAAAUAUGAGGCCGUUACCCAGAAGCUGGCCAGCUUAGAGCAACAGCUUCAGGAGGUGACGCUUCAGAAAGCCGAGCUGCAGGACCAGAACGCUUCAUGCAACACACAGAUCCAGAGUCUGCAGGAGCGUCUGAAAUCUGAGCUGACCCGAAUAGCCACCUACGACACAGAGCUGACGACCCUCAACGAUCUCAUGCGGCAAACUCAGGCCGAUUGCAAGAAAGCGAGAGAGGCCCAGCAGGAGGAGGCUAAGAGGGUCGCUGUCCUACAGAAAGAACUUCAAGAAAUCCGCAGGGAACACACGUCACUGCUGCAGCAGCACAGAGAGACCAAAGAAGCCCUGGAGGCCGAAGUCGCUAAGCUUCAGACGUCCCUUCAAGAGGAGGAGGAGAACGGCGCUCAGAGAGCCGAAGACGUGAGCGCCCUGCAGUCCGAGCUUCUGCAAGCCACGCAAGCGCUGCAAGACAUCCGCCACAAGGAGGACCAAAUGAACGAGCUGAAGAAGGAGAAGCAGCUGCUGCAGGAGGAGGCCGCCAGCCUGAGCAGCAAGCUGCUGAGUUUAACAAAGGAGUGUCAAGAGGCCCAUCUGGAGGUGAGACAAGCCAGAGAGGGCGAGAGCAAGGCCAGAACCGACAUGGAAGCCGUCCAGGAGAAGGGCCGCGGCAUCGAGAAGGAAAUCAGGGAGCUGAAAGAGCGGUAUGACGAGUCGCUCAGCACAAUCUGUGAUCUUCAGAAAAGGAUCCAGUCAUCAGCUCAGCAAACUGAAACCAAAGACAAGAAGAUCACAGAGUUACUGACGGAUGUGGAGCGACUGAAGCAGGCCCUCAAUGGUCUUUCUCACCUGGCGUACACAAGCAACACCCCAAACAAGAGACAGACACAGCAAGUUGAUGCACUGCAGGCACAGAUCAAGAGCCUUCAACAGCAGCUGGCUGAUGCUGAGAGGCAGCACAGAGAGGUGGUUUCCAUUUAUAGGACUCAUCUUCUAAGUGCAGCACAGGGCCACAUGGAUGAGGACGUCCAGGCUGCUUUACUACAGAUCAUCCGUAUGAGACAGGAGUUCGUCUGUUAAAGCCGCCAAAAAAAAACAACUCUACCUGCUCGCGUUUAUCUUCUCAUAUUUCUCAUCUUUCUUUGCAUAUCAUAAUGUAUAGGGAAAAAGAAGGAAUGGUUUCCACUUCUAAAAUCUGUUCAUCUGUAGCGUCUCUGCACCUUCAUUCUUGGAUAUUUUCACGUGGGAGCUGUGGACACAGAUUAGGAACAAAUACUUGACUGCUACAAAUCUUCACUGUUGUUGUCAAACUCAAUGCAUUAAUGUAGAAGACAUUACCAAAACAAAUCAGUUCCAGCUUCAAGAUUCAUUGUUGUAAAACCAUUUCAAACAGAUUGUGCAAAGCAGCAGCUUUGACCCUUUUCGUUCAGUAAUGUGGAAGUUAUUUGAAAUGUGGGUUUGUUUGGUUUUUUUUGUUUUUUUUUUUUUUAUUGUUGUACAUGACACACUCCUAAAUGCUCAGCUGAAAUGAAAACUGGACAUGAUCGCAAAGACCACUCUCACAUUCCCACCUGACAGUCAACAUUGCAGAACGUUUUCAACUUUUCAUAGAAAUGUUGCUAGAAUUUUAAAGGACAGCUUCAUAUUUAAAUGAUUUACCAUCAGAUUUUUCCUUCUGAUUCUAUCUUCCACUCAGAAGAUACAAAUGAGAAGAUUAGGUGUAAAAUGUAAAGAGGAUCAAUUAACCUAGAUGCUUUAAUAAACAGUCUAAACUAUGGAUGUAAAAUAGUCAAAUGCAUCAUUAUAGACCUCAGUUUAAAUUUAAAAUUUCAAAAUUAGAUUGACAUGUUUGUUUUUUUAUGCAAAAAAGAAAAUUCUGUGGGUAUUUAAAAUCUGAAGGAAAAUUGAUUCCUGUUAUUUGUAGAUUUUACCAACAAUAUCUGCAUUAUUGCCCUCAGUGUAACUCCAAGGUUCCUUAGAAACCCUUAAGUCUUUGGAUAAGUGCAGAAUCUGCUUUGGCAUUUAUAUGAUAGAGAUAAAUAAGAACAAUUUUAGAAAAUGUAUGAAUAUUCAGACUCCUUUGUAUUCAGGUGAUCCUUAAAGAUGUAAAAAUAGUGCCAUUGUUUGAUAUAUGUACGUAACUAAUAUCAGGCUUUAUUUUACUUGGAUCAUGAGAUUUAACAACUUAGCUUUAAUUUGGUUUUUAACACCUUCUAAACUUACAUUUGAUGUAAGGUGUUACAUCAAACGUUUAAACGCAAUCUCUGUUAUUGGUUUAAAGCAGUUGCACUGCUGCUACUGAAAGCUAACCUUAGCUUAAAAUCGUGGCAAGGUUUAAUAAUAAUAUCUGUUGUACAAAAAAAUUUCUAGAAGAUAAAAAAAAUGCCUGAAAACAAAAGAAAUUUGAGUCUGUAACAUUGGUGGGUUCUGAAAAUGGAAACUUAUAGGAAUCUUGUCAAAGGGGAACAUUGACCUCUUUUUAGCUAUUAGAGCGAGUAUUUAUUUUUUAACAGUCCGCCUCUUAAAAUGGAAUACUGAGGAAUAACAGCUGCAUUUUGAUCCAGAAAGAAUGACUACUUUCAGCAAAAUCAGGCCUCACUGUCUGUAGCUAAGAUGCAUUUAGAAAUGUGAAUCUGUCCUUUUAAAGAAUCUCCUCAGUUGUGCAUGUUAUCUACUUUCUAUGAAUGAGACUCUACAGCUACCGAAUCCUGGAGGUCCAAACUCAGAGUUGUUGUUGAUGUAAAACUACUACAGAGUUGGUGAAUUCAUGUCCAUCAAAAGGACAACAUGAGGCUUUGUGUUGGUUGUAUGCUGGGUUUGAGUCUGCAGAUCUGUUGUUUCCUCAAGUUUGCAGUGAAAUGUCCACUUUUUGUUGAAACCAGAGUGCCCUCUAGUGGUAAGACUUGGCAGGCCAAGUUGAUAGAAGUUGUAAGCAUUGCCACUCAGGGGUAUUCUGUUGUUACAGUUUCUAAGUUGCAUGCUCAAACCUAAAAAAAAAGGAAGAUUAAUUCAAUUUGGUCAGAUGAAAAUAUAAAACCUGAUACAUAAUUAAAUCUGUGAUUUAAAUCUUGACUUGAAUAUUUAUCUCCUGCAGCAGUGAACUCAUUAGCUGUCCUAAAGCAGCAGGUACCCCUGGGCCAGCUUUGUGUGACUCCUGAUGCUGUUGUGUCGUGCUGUUGUGAUUUCUGAGCGAGUCUCUAAUGCCUUUACACUGAUUAUAUUUUUCAUAGCUUUGUACUACUUUAAGUACUUAACAGUCUGACAAAUCUGAUAUUCAGCAGGUCUGGAAGUAAAGCGGCACAAACUUAACCCAAGGAGGACAUUUCUUUAGAUUUGAAGAGGUGUGUUUGUUUAUGCAGAGAAACUCUCCUCUUAACACUCAGUUAUGUGAAGCACUCCUGUCUUCAUUUUUCAGCUUAAUCUAAUUAAUAAUAAUUGAAAAUAAUAAUUGAACAUCCUUGAUCUUACAAAGGAGAAAUUUACUUCUGCAUCUUAACCAAUCUUUUGAUCUAAUCCGUAAUCUUUUUGUCCUUCAGGUUUAACGGUGACACUUUUGUGUUCUGUAGGUUUAAAGGUCUAACACUAAAGUUUUUUACAUACUGUUAUUUGCUAAAACACUACAAACCCAAUCAGUAUACAUGUCUACAGAACUGUACUGUUGAACCAGUGUGAUGAAACUGGGUCAUUAUCUUUAUUAACAAUUUCUGUUUGUUGAACAUUCAUACAAAGUCAAUAAAAGUGCCUAACAUAGAAAACUA